UCCGGCAGGCGGAGCUGCUGGAGCCUCGCGGCGGCGCUGAGGAGGAGGGGAGAGCGGGCGGCGCGGCCGUGGCUGCCGGGCGCUGGGCUGGGCGGCGCUUUUUUUUUUUUUUUUUUCGCAAUUUCCACUCGCGGGGAGCAGGAAACCCGGCGUAGCCGGGCGCAUUGGGUCGCGAUGCAGCAGCAGCAGCAGGAGUCGCCCCGGGGCAGCAGCGGCAGAGGCAGCAGCGGGCGGCGCUGAGCCGCCGUCGCCGCCACUGAGGAAGAAGCCCGCCCAGCCGCCACCGCGUCCAGACCCCCGAGCUUGGUUCCCGGCGCCCUGAUCCCGGCGCCCCGACCCCCACGCCCGCCUCCGCCAACUUUCACGCUGCCUCGGCAGCCCGGCCCGGCUCGACGCCAAUGGUGGAGGCCAUAGUGGAGUUUGACUACCAGGCCCAGCACGACGAUGAGCUGACAAUCAGCGUGGGUGAAAUCAUCACCAACAUCAGGAAGGAGGAUGGAGGCUGGUGGGAGGGACAGAUCAACGGCAGGAGAGGUUUGUUCCCUGACAACUUUGUAAGAGAAAUAAAGAAAGAGAUGAAGAAAGACCCUCUCGCCAAUAAAGCUCCAGAAAAGCCCAUGCAUGAAGUGCCCAGUGGAAACUCUUUGCUGUCUUCUGAGACGAUUUUAAGAACCAAUAAGAGAGGCGAGCGACGGAGGCGCCGGUGUCAGGUAGCAUUCAGCUACCUGCCCCAGAAUGAUGAUGAACUUGAGCUGAAAGUUGGCGACAUCAUAGAGGUGGUAGGAGAGGUAGAGGAAGGAUGGUGGGAAGGUGUUCUCAAUGGGAAGACUGGAAUGUUUCCUUCCAACUUCAUCAAGGAAUUGUCAGGGGAGUCGGAUGAGCUUGGCAUUUCCCAGGAUGAGCAGCUGUCCAAGUCAAGAAAGACUACCUUUGAAGGGACAAUUCUGUACCGAGCUGCACCGGGAAAGACGGAGGGCCACAGACGCUAUUACAGUUUAAGGGAAACCACAGGCUCUGAGAGUGAUGGGGGUGACUCAAGCAGCACCAAGUCUGAAGGUGCCAACGGGACAGUGGCAACUGCAGCAAUCCAGCCCAAGAAAGUUAAAGGAGUGGGCUUUGGAGACAUUUUCAAAGACAAGCCAAUCAAACUAAGACCAAGAUCAAUUGAAGUAGAAAAUGACUUUCUGCCGGUGGAAAAGACUAUUGGGAAGAAGUUACCUGCAACUACAGCAACUCCAGACUCGUCAAAAACAGAAAUGGACAGCAGGACAAAGAGCAAGGAUUACUGCAAAGUAAUAUUUCCAUAUGAGGCACAGAAUGAUGAUGAACUGACAAUCAAAGAAGGAGAUAUAGUCACUCUCAUCAAUAAGGACUGCAUUGACGUAGGGUGGUGGGAAGGAGAGCUGAACGGCAGACGAGGCGUGUUCCCCGAUAACUUUGUGAAGUUACUUCCACCGGACUUUGAAAAGGAGGGGAAUAGACCAAAGAAGCCACCACCUCCAUCCGCUCCUGUCAUCAAACAAGGGGCAGGUACCACUGAAAGAAAACAUGAACUUAAAAAGAUACCUCCUGAAAGACCAGAAAUGCUUCCCAACAGAACAGAAGAAAAAGAAAGACCAGAGAGAGAGCCAAAACUGGAUUUACAGAAGCCCUCCGUUCCUGCCAUACCGCCAAAAAAGCCUCGGCCACCUAAGACCAAUUCUCUCAGCAGACCUGGUGCACUGCCCCCAAGAAGGCCAGAGCGACCGGUGGGUCCGCUGACACACACCAGGGGUGACGGUCCAAAGAUUGACUUGGCGGGCAGUUCGCUUUCUGGCAUCCUGGACAAAGAUCUCUCGGACCGCAGCAAUGACAUCGACCUAGAAGGUUUUGACUCCGUGGUGUCAUCUACUGAGAAACUCAGUCAUCCGACCACAAGUAGACCAAAAGCUACGGGGAGGCGGCCUCCAUCCCAGUCCCUCACUUCUUCAUCCCUUUCAAGCCCUGAUAUCUUCGACUCCCCAAGUCCCGAAGAGGAUAAGGAGGAACAUAUUUCACUUGCGCACAGAGGAGUGGACGCGUCAAAGAAAACUUCCAAGACUGUUACCAUAUCCCAAGUGUCUGACAACAAAGCAUCCCUGCCACCCAAGCCAGGGACCAUGGCAGCAGGUGGUGGUGGGCCAGCCCCUUUGUCCUCGGCGGCACCCUCCCCCCUGUCAUCCUCUUUGGGAACAGCUGGACACAGAGCCAACUCCCCGUCUCUGUUCAGCACGGAAGGAAAACCAAAGAUGGAGCCUGCGGCCAGCAGCCAGGCGGCUGUGGAGGAGCUAAGAACACAGGUCCGCGAGCUGAGGAGCAUCAUCGAGAACAUGAAGGACCAGCAGAAACGAGAGAUUAAACAGUUAUUGUCUGAGUUGGAUGAAGAGAAGAAAAUCCGGCUUCGGUUGCAGAUGGAAGUGAAUGACAUAAAGAAAGCUCUACAAUCAAAAUGAAUACUUGAUCAAUGAAAUGUCACAUUAUUCAUCCUGAGUCUGAGACUCAAAUUUUUCUGCCCCAGCCAAAUAAUCUUGUGCCAAAAGAUUAAAGGUUUGCCUCAACAUGUCCCUGUUUGAAAGAUUAGCACAAAAGUCUUGAUAGCACAACACAAAUUCCAUCCCAAGAGGAGAAUCUUCCCCAGGGUUUAGUCCCGGGGCUGGCACUUGUUGUGACUUACCCAGAGCCAAAUUGUGCUAAAGGCUUUUCUACUCUGAGAUCUCAAUGCGAAAUGAAAACUCAGGCAGUUUAGUCCAUAGUGGUACUAUUUUGAUGAUAUUUCCAUUAAUAAAAAUGUAAUUUCAGAUUCUUCGUUUACAAGCUUUAUAAUUUUAUGAUUUUUUAAUCGUGUUUUGUCACAGACUCCCCUAGUGUUUGUACUACAUGUAGUCAGAAGCAAGCGUCCUUUUCUUUUGCUUCAGGCUGAGAGCUGCCUUGCUCUUUGUCUCCCUAUUAGGAUUCUAUUACAUAUUCAAUUUUAGGUUCAAGCUGUCCCUUCCCCUGCCAGCAAGCCUCACCACCCUAAGAGAAAUUUUAGCUUAUAUGUGAUGGUAUAUUUACAAAAAGAGAAGAGAAAAUCUGGUAUUUGCAAUGAUCUGUGCCUUCUUUUUACCACCCUCUUGAUUGGAGCUUUUGUGAUGCAGCUACCAUGAUUCAAAAAAAUU